AUGUCUCUUACCCAUCGCCAGCAUCGUGUACAGCGCAUCUAUCCACCAGUCGUCAUGCACCACUGCUUUGAUGCAGAGCGUCUGUUGACCCUUUCCAUCUCUCCUUUGCGACAUGAAUACAGUCUUCGGGCUGCCAUUCCGGUGCCCUCCAUCACUUUCACCAGCCCAUCUGCAGAUCCGACACCUAUCAAUCCACAGCUCAUCAUUCGCAAGCCAAAAGGGGAAGUCACUCGCCUCUCUCGUGAGGGAUACAAUCUCAGAGAUGCUCUGGGAUGGACGGAGGCUGUGUACUUACAUGUACAGACUGCGAUACAUAAGCUGGCAGGCAACCAUCUUACGCCUGUACCGUUCUUGAAGCAGAAAGCUGUUGACCUUCAGAAAGUCUAUGAUCUGGCUGCUGACACUUAUCCAAUCCUCCGCCAAUACGAAAAUAAUUGGGUCACAUCUGAUUUCCUUCGCGUAUUUUUGAAGAACAAGUCUGCAGCGAUCAAGAGGAAGACCGCAGUAUCAUCUUAA